UUUUCCAGAGGUCGACGCUCAGUUGAGACUUGUGCGUACAGGCCUGAGAGACUUUUAUCACCAAAAGUUAUCGCUGUUCGAACAUUUUAUCCAGAUCUAUUGCUGUGGUAUCGCAGUUUCACCGGCGGUUCAGCGGACAACUCGUCGUCCAGCAGGAAAAAGCGCCAACUUCUGCUGCACCGUCUGAAUUGUCAAACACUCUGUAAACGGCUCGAAGACUGGAUGUUUAGGGAGAUAUAUCAGACUUCAAUCUGGAAUGACUCGUUCAGUUAGGUGCGCUGUUGCGUCUCAGUAGAAAACAGAAAUCAGCCUCCAGGUAGCGGGGAAAGAUGCCGGGUCUGCAGGGGGAGAACGUGGUGGCGGCGGUGGGGAGCCCCGUGAAGAAAAGCAAACUCUCUCUGAAGUUCUUCCAGAAGAAAGAAACCAAACGAGCCCUGGAUUUCUCUGAAACUCAGGCAGAUGAGCCCAAAACAGCUGAACCAGAGGAGCCUGAGCAAAGCGGCUGUGAUCAGGUGGUCCCUGGUCCGUCUCCAUGUCCAGCUUCUCCGGGCCUCCUUCUGCCAUGUGAGAAGAGCGAAAACUUGGUACCCUUUGUGGGCCUCAACAACCUGGGAAACACCUGUUAUUUGAACAGUAUCUUACAGGUUCUGUAUUACUGCCCAGGCUUCAGAGAAGGAGUCAAGAAGCUGUACAACCUGUCGAAAAGAAAAGACAAACCAAAGGAAGAAGCAGAUAAAAGUGAAGAGCAGUCAGAAAGUGUGUCCGAAGCUCUGCCAGCUCACAUCGAGCUCCUGGGGAGCUUCAACAGUCUGAUACUUUCAGUGGAGCAGCUGCAGUCCAGCUUCCUGCUCGGUCCAGACAGUUUCAGUGAAGGAGAGCUGGCUACACCGCCUCGUAAAUUACUCCACACCCUCAGGCAGCUGAACCCCAUGUAUGAAGGCUAUCUUCAGCAUGAUGCUCAGGAGGUUCUGCAAUGCAUCCUGGGAUACAUCCAGGAGGCCUGUGACACCAUCAGGAAGGAGCAGCAGCUGGAAGAGGAGGAUGACGAUGUGACAGAGGUCAAAGUGGAAAACGGUGUCAGUUUGGCCUCCAGCAGCUCUGCGACAGAAUCCAAACCUCCCACAGAAGAGGACGGCCAAGUCAGGGGCAAGAGAAAGAGCGACACCGAGGUGGGAAAUGCCAAGAAGAAGCCAAAAUCUGCAAAGUCAAAGAAAUCUGACACCGUGGAGGACAACAGUAUCAAUGUACCCUUCACUCGCUCUAAAAGAAAGUCCUCCAGUGACAUCACCAUGGACAGCACCCACAGUAAAGACGGAGAGGUCAAGGCGGAGGAGGAGGCGGCGACCAAACUGAACCGGGAAGGAGGAAGUGGCGAAGAGGCGAAAGAUGGAAAAGCAUCGAAAGAGACGGAUGGGAAGAGGAAAAAGAGAGCCAAGCUGGGCUGGCUGAGGCCGUCGGGGAAACAGCCGAGUAUCUUCUCUAAGUUUCGCAGCGUGGGGAAGCUCAGCUCCACGACUGUGAAGAACCAAAGUAAAGCAGAGGAGGAACAAGGAGUGACGGAUGACCAGAAGAAAAGUCCAGAGCUGCCACCUCAAAACACAGCUGAAGAUAAGAAGGCAGUAAAGCAUCAAGAGGGCCUGGGCUUGAUGGAGCGCUUGUUUCAGGGCCGGCUGGUUCUGAGGACUCGAUGUUUGGAGUGUGAGAGCUUCACAGAGCGGAGAGAAGACUUCCAGGACAUCAGUGUCCCAGUGCUCGAUGAUCAACCCAGCAGCCCCGAUGACCUCUCUGAGGUCUCUCCAGACCCCAAACCAGAGCUGAAGACUCUGAAAUGGGCCAUUGCUCAGUUUGCGUCAGUGGAGCGCAUCGUCGGGGAGGACAAAUACUUCUGUGAGACCUGCCAUCAUUACACAGAGGCUGAGAGAAGUCUGCUGUUUGACAAAACUCCUGAAGUCAUCACCAUUCACCUGAAGCGCUUCUCUGCCAACGGCUUAGAGUUGGACCCAUACGCAGGUCUGUCUAAGGUGAACACUCCCUUGCAGACCCCUCUCACCUUGUCUCUGGAGGAGUGGUGCACUCGGCCCUCGGCCACUAAAGGUCAACACUACCAGCUCUUCGCUGUGGUCAUGCACAGCGGCGUCACCAUCAGCAGUGGCCACUACACCGCCUACGUCCGCAUGUCUGAUCUGAAAAAUGUUAAGCUCGGGUCACGGGACAGAAAAGAGUCAGGAGAGGAAGAAGAAGAAAAGGAAAGUAAAGAGGGAGCACAGAUCAAAGACGAAGUGCUGGACUAUGAUGAUGGAGAGGUAUCCUUCAACCUGAACGCGAGGGGACAGAGGCGUGCCAGUUUGGCUAAAUCAGGGAGCAAAAAGCUGUCAGAGGGUGGAGUUGGACUCUUGGGAGGCCAGAGGAGUUUGUCCAGUUAUGAGCUUGGGAGCAACAGCAGCAAACACACAGAGAAAGCAACAGAGGGAUCCAAAAGGAGAAAAACCAUCAACAGCACCAGCCAGAACACUGAAGCUGGACUUAAAAAGGAGCCUGAGGCGGCGGAGGAGGCAUCAGUGACUCCCUGUGGUGGAGAGGAGGCCACAGAGCAGCAGGCUUUGAACAACCUCCUGGAAUACGAGGGCAAAUGGCUGCUGUUUGAUGACUCUGAAGUGCGUCUGUUCGAGGAGGAGGAUUUCCUUCGAGCCUGCUCGCCUGAGACGUGCUCGUCCUCCACACCGUACCUGCUGUUUUACAGAAGGAUGCCUGAACCGGGAUGCUGAAAUAAACACUGUCUUGCAGCUGAGCCCCCCAGACUAAAGACAGAUGUAUUUUUGCAAUACUAUGAAUUGUGCCAAAAAUACUGUGGCUGCCAUAUUAACACUGAGAUCACUUUUCAGUGCAGAAGAACCUGCACUUGGAACAGGCUCUUCUCUCUGUGGGACCAAGGCCAUUUACUCCUUCAUGUACUCACAUAUGCAGGUACUCGGUUCAAAGUCAUAUUUUAGAAAUAUCACAAAUGAGGAUUGGAUUUUCUGAAUGCCAGGGAUGACUAAACCUUUCUUCCUGUACACAGUCUUUUUACUGUCUGUACUGUACUUCAGUUUCUUUGACACUGGCUUUACUGCUCUGUCAAUGUCUAUAUCACAUUCUAUGCUUUCUGUUUUUGACUUUUGGACUAAAAUCAAAAUGCAAAUUAGUCUUUUUUUUUCCAGACUGACUAUUCUGUUCCUUUACUGGGGACUUAAAGUGCUGUAAGUUAGAUUUUUUUUUUCUCUUUUUUUUUUUUUUUUUUCCAGAAAAGCCUUUACCUGCCUCUGAAAGGUUUUCCUGUGAACUGGUCCCUUAUGUAGGGGUUUUACAUACAAACAUGUACAUAUUUUGUAUAUCUAAAGGCCUAUCUAUGCUGGUAAACCUAGAGUUUGGGACACUUGCAAGUAGCAGCGUAUAUUUACAUAAAACACAGUUUAGUAACGACAGAGCUUCUGAAUAUUUUGUUAGCUUUUGCAGCGUGCAGUUUAUCACUCAGCUGAGAUAUCACAAUAUUUAAGGUGCCAAUUUAUGGUGCAUGAUGAUUAAAAAUCAUUUUCUGGAGUAAGCUACUGGGUUUUUAUCGGAUCCAUUUUGGGAGGUUGUAAAGAACUGAUUUGAUAUUAAAUUAAGUGUAGAUAACAAGUAACAUUUGAAUGUGCAAAUCAGGAUUAGAAAUUUGGAUCUGUCAUUUCAAGCUUCUUACUUCGGUCGUACAUAUAACUUCAGCCGUAGUUUUAGUUUUAUGCUGUGAGGAUGAAGAGGAAGGGUAGAGGGGUAGGAGGAGACGGAAAGCUGUGACCAGUGAGACCCGGCGCCCACCUCCAGCUGUGUUUCAUUAAAGACUAAACUGUUAAGAAUUGAAAGUGCACAGGGACACAUUUGAGGCUUCAACAAGUUUAAAAAUCAACACAGACUCUCAAGUUCUUUGGAAAUUUGCAGUUUUAACAGCUGCAUACAGCCAGUUUUCACUGUUUAUAUACAGAGAUCAGCCACAACAAUAAACCCACUAGAUGGGUGAAAUGAAGAAUAUUGAUUGCAUUUGUACACUAAAAUGAUCUGCUGGGAAACCUUAGAACUGGCAUUGUGUUGUAGACAGAUAUCCAUGGCCUCCUGCCUCACCAAAAAACUGGUGUGGACCAGCUCAAGGAACACGACAAAGAGCUAAAAGCAGUGACCCAGUCUGAUAGAGUAGCUAUGAGAUGUUCUAGAACAAGCCAGGUUCAUGGAGGCUCCACUCCCAACACCCAAAGGACCCACUGCUGAUGUCCCAGUACCCCUACAGGUCUAGUGUCUAUGUUCUGAUGGGUCAGAGCUGUGGUUUUAAUGUUGUAGCUGAUGGGUGAGUAGCAGCACAAACUUUUGGCUUGUCGGUGUCUGGCUCCUUAUAAAGAUGGUUAAUCUUUUAUCUCAAAUGAACUAAACUUGAUGAAACCCUGAUGAUUUUCUCCUCAAUGUUACAACCUGCAGACAAAUUAGAAUCAGUGUUUGCAGUCAGAACAUAAAGGAAGUGUCCCUGUGCAUGCUCAAAAAAAUAAACCUCACUAACCAAGGAUUGAAUCCAUUGCACUAGUUCACUGACUCUCUUGUAAAAUAUUACACUGAUUUAUGUGUAAACAAAUACAGUCAUUAACAAUUACAAUAGUAAUACUCAGUAAUGGUGUUUAAACUCACUAAAGGUGACAUUGUUCAUCUCAGGUCCUACCAGGGUAUCAGGGAUAAUUUAGAUGUGUUCUUGAGUCAUUCAAGUGAAUCUCAGUUCGUUCACGAGAAAUGACUGGUACCUGUGGGAGAUUUCCAAGAUGAGUAUUUAAAUGUACCUACUUGCAGAGUUGGUGUAAUAAAACAAAUGCAGUCCUGUUACAAGCGUCCUUUAACCUGUGCCCCAUUCCAGCUGUAAUUUAUGUUCAAGUUGGAAAGUUCAUAAUAUAAGCAAUAAAGUUUUUACCUUCACAUCUUC